GCGCGCGCCGCCCAGCCCCACUCGCGCAGGGAGGUUGUGCGCGGGCCGCAUUGUCCGCUCGUCUGCCGGCCUCGUCCCGCGCCGCAGCUCCCCGGACCCCGCGGCGAGCCCGCUAGGGGGCUUCCGACCCGGGAAGCGGGCGCGCCUGGGCGGCGCAGCGGGCCUCGGACGCCCCCGGCCCCGCACGGAGCCUGUCCGGCAGCAGACUCUCUUCAGGGGAAGGGUCCCCACCCCACCUCGUCAUGUCUCGUCGAAGCCAGCGCCUCACGCGCUACUCCCAGGGUGACGAUGACGGCAGCAGCAGCAGUGGAGGCAGCUCAGUGAUGGGGAGCCAGAGCACCCUGUUUAAAGACAGCCCUCUCAGGACCUUGAAGAAGAAAUCCAGCAACAUGAAGCGCCUCUCCCCAGCGCCACAGCUGGGCCCCUCCUCUGACGCGCACACCUCCUACUACAGUGAGUCGGUGGUCAGGGAGUCCUACAUUGGCAGCCCCCGGGCCGCCGCCCUCGCCAGGAGCUCCAUCUUCGACGACCAGCUGCACGGUGACUCCUACUGGAGUGAAGACCUGCGGGUAAGGAGGAGGAGAGGCACAGGCGGCACGGAGAGCAGCAAAAUCAACGGGCUGGCGGAGAACAAGCUCUCGGAGGACUUCUUCGGGUCUUCCUCCGGUUACUCUUCUGAGGAUGACUAUGCAGGAUACUCAGAGACGGACCAGCGGAGCUCGGGUUCACGGUUGAGGAGCGCUGUGUCUCGGGCAGGCUCUUUUUUCUGGAUGGUGGUCACUUCUCCAGGCCGGCUCUUCGGACUCCUCUACUGGUGGGUUGGCACCACCUGGUACCGCCUGACGACAGCUGCUUCCCUCCUCGACGUCUUCGUUUUAACCAGGCGCUUCUCGUCCCUGAAGACGUUCCUGUGGUUCCUCUUGCUGCUGCUGCUCCUGACUGGCCUGACGUACGGUGCGUGGUAUUUCUACCCCUACUGGCUGCAGACGUUCCACCCCGCCGUGGUUUCCUGGUGGGCAGGGAAGGGCAACAGCCAGCAGCAUGAGGUGUGGGAGUCCAGAGAGUCGUCCCCACAGUUCCAGGCUGAGCAGCGCCUUCUGUCCCGGGUGCACUCUCUGGAGCGGCGCUUGGAAGCUCUUGCUGCCGAGUUCUCCUCCAACUGGCAGAAGGAGGCCAUGCGGCUGGAACGCUUGGAGCUGCGGCAAGGGGCUACGGGGCAGGGAGGCAGCGGCAGCCUGAGCCACGAGGACACCCUGGGGCUCCUGGAGGGGCUGGUGAGCCGCCGGGAGGCUGCCCUGAAGGAGGACUUCCGCAGGGACACUGCUGCCCGGAUCCAGGAAGAACUGGUUACCCUGAGAGCAGAACACCAACAAGACUUAGAGGACCUCUUCAAGAAGAUUGUCCAGGCCUCCCAGGAGUCUGAGGCUCAACUCCAGCAGCUGAAGUCCGAAUGGCAACGGAUGACGCAGGAGUCCUUCCGGGAGAACUCCAUGAAGGAGCUGGGGCGGCUGGAGGGCCAGCUGGCCGGCCUGCGGCAGGAGCUGGCAGCCCUGACCCUGAAGCAGAGCUCAGUGGUGGACCAAGUGGACCUGCUGCCCCAGCAGAUCCAGGCCGUGCGGGACGACGUGGAGUCUCAGUUCCCUGCCUGGGUCAGUCAGUUCCUUCUCCGAGGUGGGGGAACCCGCGCUGGGCUCCUUCAGCGAGAGGAGAUACAAGCGCAGCUGCAGGAGCUGGAAAGCAAGAUCCUCGCCCACAUGGCUGAGAUGCAGGGCAAGUCAGCGAGGGAGGCCGCAGCCAGCCUGGGGCUGACGCUGCAGAAGGAAGGUGUAAUCGGGGUCACAGAGGAGCAGGUGCACCGCAUUGUAAAGCAGGCCCUGAAGCGCUACAGCGAGGACCGCAUCGGGAUGGUGGACUACGCGCUGGAAUCGGGAGGGGCCAGUGUCAUCAGUACCCGGUGCUCCGAGACCUACGAGACCAAGACGGCCCUCCUCAGCCUCUUUGGCAUCCCCCUGUGGUACCACUCGCAGUCGCCCCGAGUCAUUCUCCAGCCAGACGUGCACCCAGGCAACUGCUGGGCCUUCCAGGGGCCCCAGGGCUUUGCUGUGGUUCGCCUUUCUGCCCGCAUCCGCCCCACUGCUGUCACCUUAGAGCAUGUGCCCAAGUCCUUGUCGCCGAACAGCACCAUCUCCAGUGCCCCCAAGGACUUCGCCAUCUUCGGCUUUGAUGAAGACCUGCAGCAGGAAGGGACACUCCUUGGCCAGUUCACCUAUGACCAGGAUGGGGAGCCCAUUCAGACAUUCUAUUUUCAGGAUCCUAAAAUGGCCACGUACCAGGUGGUGGAGCUGCGGAUCCUGACUAACUGGGGCCACCCCGAGUACACCUGCAUCUACCGCUUCAGGGUGCACGGGGAGCCCGCCCACUAGGCCGCCUCUGUGCCACUGCCAGCCAGCUGGGAGGCCAGCUCCUCUCCGCAUGCGCCCCCUCUGGGAGUGGGUGAGCAGCAGCCCUGCCACUCCCCCCAACACGCUUGAUCAGUGCACUGACUUCCCGGAGCGGGAACCCCUGCCCAGUGGGGAUGAGAAGGAAUGUGCAGGCUUUCCUAGCAACAGGGCGGCUUGAGGUGGAUGGCAGGCUCCAGCGUCUUUUCAUUCUUUGUUCUCCUCGCGCCAGCACCGGGCAUCUACCUCCUCCUCCUGGGAGGGUGUAUAUAUGUAGCAUAUCAUGGGGGACUGAGAGGCAGGGAGAGGGGAUGAGUGAACAUGUUCCAGCGAAGGUGGGGAGACCGGACUGCCCCUUACCCCUGGUGGAGGGCUGGCACACGGGAACUGCCGUUGGGAGGUGUGUGAAUGAAGCAGGUGCCAAAGCUCUAGGUGGGACAAGCUAGGGCCUGGGGCAGGCAAGCUACCUGUCCCCAGGCAGGGAGGGGAGGCCCUCUGGAAGGAGAGUACAGGUUGGGACUGGGCCCCAGGCAGGAAGCUCCUGGGAGAUGGCAGCUGGGCUCUUCCAGAAAGCUAGUGCCAUCAACCUAGGGGAGCUUGGCCCACAGUGUGCCUGAAGGACUUCUAUAAGCUGUGUUUGUCCCAGGUUGAGGUGGGCCGUAGGGCUUCUUGUACCGUAGAGGGUCUGGCUCCUCUGAGCCUCAGGGCUGCUACCUGUGUGACCCUGAGGGGCCCAGGGGCCAGCCCUGUAAGAUUCCCCUCUGCCGGGGACAGUAGCUGCGUUCUCUCUCCUGAUGAUGAGACUGGGGCCCACUCUGCUCCCCAUUCCUGCUAGGGCUUGCCCUCCCCUAGGGUGCAGGGACCCCAGACCUGUCUGAGGCCAUAAGCAUCUGGGAUCAGCUGAAAGGGUGGAGAGCAAGGGAUGGCCUGGGCUCUUGUGGUCCAGUGACAAUGAUGACCUGUUCAGGGUGUCAUGGUGGGAGGAGGUCUGUCUGCACUGUGGGCCCUGCCCCCCCAUCCCAAUCAGGUCCCUGAUGUAAGGGGCCUUAACUCUCAGCCACCCCCCUGGGGCCCUUUCAGCUCUUGCUCAAUUCUGUUUCCUUUCUAUGUUUCCUUUCUAGGUUGUUUUCUAUGGGGGACAGUCGGGUGGGGGGCUGGGGGAGGAGGCUGGGUAGGGAAGGGGCCUAAGGGGGGCGCUUUUAGACCCAGUAGGCCCUGCUGUAUUAUGUAUAUAUUUUUCAAGGUCUUUUUUAACUGAAAAGCUAAAGGCUUGAUUCCUAGCCCCGUUCUGUGGGGCACUGGGUGACUUCAGUUCCUUGUAACCUGGCUGCCACAGGGGCUCGGGGCACUGGUUCUAGUCAUGUGGUUGGUUCCAGCCUGUGGGAAGGGGGCAGAAGUGGCUGCUGUGCAGGCAGGUGCCCUGAGGAGCAGGGCUGGGCCCCGGCUGGGGCUGGGGUGGAGGCGAGGCUGUGGCCACCUGUGGUCCUCCAGCACGGGCCUCGGCACAGCCCCUGCCCCGGACAACCAGGUUUUGUUUUGCGCUCUCCUGUCACAAAUGCUGCACUAUUGGUUCUUAAUUUUUUAUCUCCAGAUUCUAAUUUAUGCCUAUGCAAAAAAUAAAUUAUGCCCAGGAUUAA